CGCAAGAUGCAUUGUAGACAUGUUUGAUACACUCAGUGCCGAAAUUCAACGUUGGAAUAUUAUUUGUGCGUGCUCGUUGUGUGCCGUGUGGCUCGCGGGUUUCCUGACGAUCUACUCUGCGACGGCGUUCGUCAUUCUGUGGAGUGGAGUGAAUUAUUACCUGUACAGGCGGGAGGAAAACUUGCGCCACCGUCUAUCGAUACUAGGCUUAAUAAAGCAUGACAAACGUGAGCGGAGAAGACGAAGCGAGGUCUCGCAACGCGCGGUUUGUGCGAACAGCGCCACACCGUCGCGUUUCGGCAGUGUGUCGUUCGACUAUUCGCGUGUGACACCCGGGAAUAGUUUUGACUCUCUUUCGCGCCGCAGCGGCGAGCUGGACCGCAGUGCGCACGGCUACUCAAGUCCGGUGUUGAUGAGCAAAAGCAACAUUGUCAACCGAUCGUGCCAAAGUACUUCAACGCUGGCGCAUGGGAGGAAGUCUCAUCUUGACUGGCUCCCUGUCACCACCCGACGGCACCCAAUCCAGCAGGAGAAAUACUCUGUGGGGAGCUAUCCAGUGGUGUGUCUCAACAAGUCUCCACUGCCACUGGCCAAACCGUUUUCGUCGCCAGAAUUGAUACCGGCAGUGAAGGUCAAGAUCUUGCCUCUGACAACGUCCCACGUGCAGAACCAGACAUUUGGCCAUUCAGCAGCAAGUGGCGAACCUGAGAAGCAGGACCCAUGCUCCACAGAAAGUGUCAUUCAAGCUCUUAAGGAGAGGAGGAAGCGAGCGUAUCAAGAUGGCCUCGACUCGACAGGCCUCAGCCCCAGCCCGGUGCAGAGCAGCAAGCGAUCACGACGUGAAAGCCUCUGCCUACCCCAGAUGCCACCAUUCACACCAGUCGUGACAUCAGUAGGCGGGUUCGGGCCUCCUUAUCUGGGAUCACCGAGCAAAAAUGCGGUGUUGCGGGGCCCUGUGCCUUCUUCCAUGGUGCCGACGCCUGAGGCGACCUUUAAGCGAGGCCGCCUGUGCUCCACGUCGAGUCCUCCUGGCUCGGCCAAGCGGCAUCGCAACAACGCCAUUGCCAUCUCCUACUGCUCCAGCAAGGGAAUCCUGCAGCAAGCGAGGAACAGCCAGAGCCAGAAGCGGAAAGCUGUACCACCUGACUCGACACCACUGUCAAAACAGACCAGAAAGGAAUGCAGGAGACCUCAGUCUGAUGAGGAAGAGUCAGCGGAAAAGAUCGAAGACAGCAGUAAAGAAAAUGAUGUUCCCUCAGAAGGAGAAGUGUCAAAAGAGUCAACAGAAAGCGAGCCUGUUGAUUCCUCCAAGCUGAGGAGCCGAGUCAAGCCCCUUGACUGGAGCACCAUUGAAAAGAAGAAGGUGGUGUACCCGGAACACAUUGCGACCCUGAAGGAACAUGAGAAUGACCAGGCCCGCGAUAAGCAACGGCUCAACCGACUGUUGGGAGGGCUGCAGGACGUUAGCGACCAAGCGAAUGCAGAGAAGACGCCAGUUUCCGCUCAGGCCGACGCAGAAAAACGCUCCGCCCUGGAGAAGACACCUGGCCUCCCUACGUUUGGCAUUCCAGUUGGUGCAACGACCAGUGCGACUCUGGUACUGGGGUCCACCACCAAUACGGUGUCGGUGAUCAGCAGCCCCGUUAUGAGCGCGUCAUCCACCGUGGCUUCACCGCCCCAGCCAGACGAAGAGAAAAAUCUUCCGGCUCUCAGUUCGGCGCCAGCCACCACCAUGAGCACAUCUGUUGCAUCCACCGCACCAACAGCAAGCACUGCUAUAGUGGCACCGAAACCCCAGCUCGGUGCUGGCUUUUUCAGCUCGAACUCCACCACCAGUACUGCAAGUACGACUGCUUCGAAAGCAGUCACACAAGUUGUGCCAGCGUCAGUGCCUGCAGCCGCAGCUUCCUCUACGGCAAACCCACUAUUGGCUGCCUUGGCGAAAUUUACAUCCCCAAAAGCUACAGAAGCCACUACAACUGCCUCUCCUGCUGCAUCACAGCUCUUGCCAACCCCAACUAGCUCAGCGGCUGCGUCCCUUUCGUCGACGCAGGCGUCUGCACUGUCGCUGCCGAACGCCACAGCUUCCACUGCCACCACUGCUCCUGCUCCCGACAAAGUAAAACCUGCAGUGGGAGGCUUCGUUUUUACGGGGCCAUCACUCGGAGGCAACAAGCCGAUUUCAAGUACAGCUUCGAUUGCUCCAGCACAGCCGUGUUUCGGAACGGCAGCUGGUGCAACUCCUGCGCUGCCAUCAACGCCCAUGUUUAAAGCCAACGACACAAACUGCUAUUAUGGCAAGCGCCGCUUCACUGACUCCGGCAUCUUUCCAGUUUGGCUCCAACACACAAAUAGCAAAACCAACCACAUCGCAGGGCUUCCUGGUCACUGCACCGUCGACAUCGGAGCCAUUCAAAUUUGGCUCGAGCGGGUUACCUGCUGCACCUUCUACCACAACAAAUACCACGCAGGCCACAAGCCCGCCAUUGGGGGGGCUCAAGUUGGGCACAGUGGCACCUGUUGGCACUCCAGUUUCGGCAUCACUGUUGCAGACAUCUACUUCAACAUUGAGCGGAUCGGGCACCAGUAUGUUCAACUUUGGGGCUGGCCCUGCACCGAAAUUGACUGCAACACCACUCUUUGGCUCAGUGGCUGCGCAGGCGCCGGCAACAACUGGUAUCGGCACUCAACCUGCUACAGGAGGCGGCACCAGCAGCACCCCAACCGUUCAGCUUUGGGGCGGCAAGCACCCCACCUGCUACGGCAAAUAGCACUCCUUUUGCAUUCGGAGCAAGCAAUUCUGGGCAUGGCAGCUGCCAAUCCCUUCACAUUCGGCACGGCUGCCACUACAACCGCAUCGAGCACUUCACCUUUCUCCUUCGGGGCUGGCGCGGCCAGCACGUCCGCUUUCUCCCAGUUGAGCGCCACUUCGCCACUCUUCCCCAGCGCAGCACCCGUUGGCCAACCUUCUGCGGCGGCGGCUCAGCCUGGCGGAUUCCAAUUUGGCGCAGCACAGAAUGCGUUUGGUGCUUCCACCAACGGCUUGAGCAAUGGCAUCUCGAGCAAUGCCACAGCCCAGCCCAGUGUUGCAGCUUCAGGACUGUUCAAGUUCGGCGCGGCCAACAACUCGUCGGUGCCGUCGUUCAACUUUGGAGCGUCGCAGUGUGGAACUAAUGCCACUCCCAAGCCAGCUUUCAACUUUGGUGCUCCUGCAGCCGCCAGCAACCUGUUCUCUAUAGGAACGACUUCGUCGCACAGUGAGCGACCACUUGCAAGGCCACGAAGCAAGCGCAUCACGAAAAAGUGAUGGCACUUAGACGCAUCUGGGAGGAGGGGAAACAAAAUAUCAUCUGUACAAAAUUCCAUCUGUUCUCAUUGAACGGUUUUUAAAUGCGCGCAAAUUGUGUAAUUAAUUAUAGGUGCGAUUAUUACUGCGAGGUUUGAGGCAUCGUAUCAUGUUGGCUGGGGCCAGAGUUGGUGGUCCCAGCACUGUUUCUUGCCUUUUUGGAGAGUUUAUUAUCAAGCUGCCACAGAUUUGUACAUAAGUAGUAGUAGUAAGGUUUUAAAAUGAAACGAGAUUUUUUUUCCCCUCAAGCAAGGAAAAAUAAACGGAGAAGACUUUUGUUGUAAAAAAAAAAG